AUGGCUGUGGCGAUUGCUGGCGGUAUCAGCGGCCCCGGCCGUGCUCUCGUUGAAGCUAUCUCAGCCCAAAAGACUCAUGAGGUUAUCGUCCUAACGAGAAAGGUUUCAGGGAGGCCCGGAGGCGCAGCUCCGAAUGUUCGUUUUGUGGCUGUGGACUACUCUGAUGUUGAUUCUCUCACGGCCGUCCUUGAGAAGUACAACGUCGACACGGUAGUCUCAACAGUCGACAACAUCACUAGGGAAAGCCAGUCGGAGUUGAAUCUUGUCGCAGCUGCUGAGAGAUCCAAGACGACCAGGAGGUUCAUACCAAGCCACUUCGGCAUUGCGUUCUUUACCAUCAUCGCGAAAAACGUUGCGUCUAUCCCUGAUUUAGAGGAUGACCCGGACCUCUUUACCCACUCCAAUGGCAUUGCUCGCGUGAUUGCCGCCUAUCUUCAGAGGACCAGGUGGCGUUCGAAGGGCUACACCACUAGCGACAAGCUCAUGUUCAACGAUCUUGUCCAUCUUGCAGAAGACAUCAAAGGCACCAAGUUCUCUGUCGCUGAGGACCCGACUGAGGAUCCCGAGACCGUCUAG